AUGCUGGUUCCUGUAGAAUAUAAAGGAGUCAGCAAAUGGGUCAGGGUACCACAGGCCGAGGAGGAGUACAGUUAUUCACAGUUUUUGCAAGCAGAUACCUAUAUUGAGGUGACGUUCUUAGAGGGUUCAUCUUCAUCAGACUGGUCACCAUCAUGUGCAUCCCAAGGGUCAUCAUCAGGUUCUGUGGCUUCUGACUCAACAGUGAUACUGGAAUCUACAAAGACUCGGAGGAGACAGCUGAUUGAAGGGCCCCUGGAUGGCAACGUUGCAAGAGAUAAUGUUAGGGAUGUUCUGUGUUCAAAGCCCGGUGGAAAAGAAAUACUAGAAGAGUACAAGAAAACAAGCACCAUCAGUGAUGUUACAAGAAGAAAGAUGGUCAACAUUCUUGUGGCAGAUAUGGUGGAGAACCAUGGGAGGGUGCCUCCGGUAAAUGUGCGAAACCUCUAUGCGCUUGGGAUUACAACACUGUUCCCGAAAUUGAGUGACCCAGAUUCCAAGAAUGGCUAUGAACAUUUUUAUGAUCAUCAGAGCGGUUCCGGUUACCUAGCGUGGAGGCUGAAAACUGUUCAGCGGACCUCUGCUCAAGACCACAAGAAAUCCAAGACAACUUUCCAAGAGGGCCCCAAGACUCCACGCAGUAUCCAUUCAGAUGAGAAGCAGUUGACCGGGGAUGAAUGCAGGGAAGCCAUAUCAACGAUGAAACACUCAAGUGAUACAAUCCUUGUCAAAAAUAAGAUGAAGGCUACAUUCCAGCACAGACAAAGAGUCAUUCAAAACCCAGAAAGUGCCUCUAUUGUCCUGGAUCUCUUUCCCAGAUUUUUGGAUACACCUGGCUUGAUCGAUCAAGACUUCUCAAUGAUCUUUGGUGAGGAGGUGUCUGGUAAAUUCCUGUCCAAGUGGCCAACCUUUUUCAAACCGAGAGUCAUCGCAGAUUGCUGCAAGAACCUAACUCCGAGUCCACAUGUUGAUGAGCUGCUUCUGUCUGCACAACAAGAGUCUGAUGAUAGUGUCUGGCAUUCUGAGGAGUGGGAUUCUGAGAUGGCUGCCAUCCUUCUUCUGCUUCACCUCCUGCCUCCAACAGUUAAAGGCAAGAAGAGUUGCAAGAUGAGUGCGUCGGAGGCUACUCGACGCCUGAUCAAGUUCAUGAAGGUGGGAACAAGCAUGGAGACCUUCCUUAAAGAAACUGGCCCCAGACAGCCCUUUCUGCUCGGUGUUGGAGAAAGAAGCAACUGCAUCCAGGACUUCUACAUCAUCCUGGACCAGAAGGCCAUUCCCUGCAGGAUGCAGACCCCAGUUGCUGCCUUUGAUGAGCUCUUCAAGGCGCAUUAUGCUUUUGCUGUGUCGUAUGAUGAUGCCCUGUCCAGCUUCUUCAUCUUCAUCCAAACCACUGUGUAUGGCAUUGACGUCGGCAAAGUGAAAGAAAGUCCCAGGGUAAAAGAAAUCCGAGCAAGGCUUCUUCACUGCGAGAUUUGAAGACAGGUACAUUUUGACCAGAAAUGUGCACGUUACUUUUGUAAACUACACCACACCACUUGUUCAAUGUCAUUUAGACAUUUGAAGUUUGAGCAUGGACUGUAUCCCGCAAAGUCUCUGCGAUUGAACUGUGGAGAACCUGGUUGUUUUAACCAACCAACGUCACCUUUCUCGAGUGCAUAAAGACUGUUUUGAUCCAGAUCCUGUCAGCAGUUAUUAGGGACAUGUGCAGCUCUGUUACUGCUUCGUUUCAAGCCUCAGGUGUUCCAGAGAGCACUGUGCAGUGUCUAGUUGAUUCAAUGGAGGAACUGGUUAAUGAUGUUCAUGCUCACACAAAGAUGGCUGUUGUUAAAGGAUAACUUCUGCCAAUUUUGACAUGCAGUUGUAAUGCUCACAUUACCCUGGACUUGCCAGUACCUGAGAUUUUUUUUUUAAUUUCUUUUCCCCUCAGCCUUUUCCGAGAUCCUGGUCAUUGUAAUGGGGGCAGAGUUUGUUUACAUUAAAAAAAAAACAUCUUGAUUUAUUCACAGUAACAUCCAAAAAGUUGUGCAACAUCAGCAGACAACUAGCAAUACCUUUUGGGAUAAUAUUUGGCAUAGGCCUAUGCUAAGAAGGUUUUUAAUGCAAACAAAGUCUGCCCACACAAAAAAAUAGCAUCACCGGGUACUCACAAGUCAAGGGUAGCGUGAGCAAUACAACAGCAUAUUGACAUUGGCAGAAGUUACCUUUUAAUUGUUUGUCUUCUGAUGCAUCAAGGGAGACUUUGGAAGAGUUGUUUUGAUCAACUAGAAAACCCAUUUUUGUGUCUGAACGCAGAAUCUAAAAGGAUGACACACUUUGAAAAGAAAUGGAAUAUAGUAGAGAAUGUAGAGCAUGUUCUGGGUGUCAGUUUUGAUGUGAGAAGAGACAGAAUAACAUGUAUGUGCCUAUCCCUGGGUCUCUCUCAUCAAUGUUUUGUAACAAUGAACUCUGUAACAGAUUCAAAGAUGUAAAACCACACCAGGAGAGAUUAUGCAAAGCUAUAAGUGAUGGCUCCUACUUUAAAAAUCAUAGUUUCUUUUCUCACCACCAACAUGCUCUUCAGAUCCAACUGAAUAAGGUGCCGAAUUAAGCGUUCGUUGAAUCAUUAGUUUCCACCACUCCCUGGGUCAAAAACUAUGUCACAGAGUAUGAAGUUGGGAUGUGUGUACUGGAGUUGAAAAUGAGAUGCCUUUGUUGACACAGUGUCACUGUUAAAUGCAAAAAUGCCACUCUUGAUUUGUAAAGUCUCACAAUUUUGUUUGAUCAUUUAAAUGCAUUUGGCAUUGAGGAGAGAAAAAUAGGUUUUCACCGUGAGAAUAAAUUGGUAUAUUACAGACCUUGUGAUACGCAAUUGACAUAGAUGAUCAAGUGUACUUUGUUCCAUAUUGUAAUUCUAUGUGAAUCCAAGCAAACUGUUCAUUGUUUAUGUGAUGUGG